AUGUCAAACACCUCCCAUUCGCAAUCAUCGUCGGUUCCUGCUUUCCUUUCGGCUAUAAUACCAACCAACCUGAGCCUAUCGCAACGUGGAAUCUCUCUUAAAUUACCUGCAUCUAUAGAACGAUAUCGAGAAAAGCUGCCUGAUCUAACGGAUGACGACCAUCGGCCAUGGCUCAUUGCUGGUGUAGGAUUCGCAGUUGGAGUUGGUCUAGUGUGGUAUCUAUAUCCACGUGCAAGCUCAUCUGGUCGUAAACGUAGAGGCUCGACAUCUAACAGCAAUGGCAAUCUCAACGGAACUUCGUCACCCACCAAAACCACACAUAAUACCUCAUCUAUUGAUUCAACGGCUAGUACUAGCAGUGUAUCGAGUACUUCCAGUUGGUUUGGUCGGUCGCGAAGAGUACCACCUAUAGCAUUGCCGGAUUCUCAUCGAAGGCCCUCUAUUUACAAGUUUACUGUCGAUGUCGCAGAGUCAACACUACCGGAAGGCAUGGAUCCUGAACUCAUAAGACGUAUAGUGAACGCUCUACUGGAAUCUAAAUCAGAUGGUGCUGCUGGUGGUGGUGGCGUCAAAUCAGCCUUGCCUGUUUUUGAGCCAUUAAUAGCUCACUUGCUUCAGCAAAUAAAGACUGCUAAGGUGGCAGGGAGGCCUUUACUCGUUGAAGGAGGGCCUGGUAUUGGGAAGGGCACAGCUUUACAACGAUUUGUGACUAUGGAGGGAUUCCAGAAACCAGCUAUUUAUCUGAAAUUAGCUGGAAUUUUGGACUUGAGGACACAAGAUCAGGUCUACGAAGCAAUAGAGAAUGGCAUCAAGGAUGAAACAGCUGACCAGGCUGAAGAGAUCCCACCACCACCCAAAGACGCAUGGCGGAAAGCUGUUGAAGUUGCGUUAGGGUUUGAUCCUGAUGCUCCUACAUCUCCAUUCACAACCAUUGAUGAUCCAUCGGCGCCAUAUCUGCAAUUUGCUCAUAUAGCCCAUGCACUUCGGCUCAUUCGAUCUCGGUCUCCUGCUGGGCCAACACUUAUUGCCAUCGACGAUGUGCAACUAUUAUUCGAAAACGGUGUUCCACGAUCAGAUGUCUACGACGAUAUCGAGUCCGUACUACAAUGGCUGCUGGCCUGUGAGGCUGAGGGCUUUUUAGAUGUAAUUUUAUGUGGGAGUGAAAAGAGUGUUUUGCAGAGUCUGAAGAGGUGUAAAGGGUAUGAAGGCCGUCUUUCGCAUAUAUCGGUAGAAGCAGUAGAUGAUGAGCUAGCUGUAAAGUACCUGAUCAGUGUGAAUCCUCUGAUACAUGAGCCGUCCAGGCGGUUCAAUGAAGAAACUGCUGCAACCUUUGUAGCUACGUUUGACUGCAACUUGACAGAAGUCGAAGGAUACGUCAAGUCGGAUCUGAACUGUGAAGAAGCUCCCUCAUCGUCAAUGUUUAAAUUAGAAUAUAUAAGGUCUAGGGAGGUAGCCCAUUUGGCCCAAAUCAAAUCUUACUUUCCUGAAUCAGCGGAAGGAGCAAUGCGAGAUCUGGUGCUCGAAAUGAUAACUCGCAAUGGUAUACUACCAGUAAACAUUCUUCCAGCCCAAAAGCUUCGCUUAGCUGAGGAGCUGGUUGAAAGAGGAAUCCUACGUUGGCGUGACUCUCGAAUCAAGAAGCGAGAACGAGCAGGCUCCAUAGGUCGAUCAAGUCGUAGCGUUAGUGGCAGUAGUAGUAGAGUGCCUGGACAGGUGAGAGAGACGAACGCAUGGAGUGAUGAUUUGGUAAUGCAAGAUUUGAGUCCUUCCGAAGAGGAGGAAGACGAAGAUCGAGGACCAUGUCUGGUCUAUAUGAACAGAUUGAUUUCGAGGGUCUUGGAACGUUGGUUUUCUGACCAGCCUUGGUAG